GUUGUUUGCAUCCGUGUCUUUAGCUCCAAUUCUUCAUUUCCGCACACCAAAGUGAUUCUACAAUGAUUUUAUAGCCUAACACUUACUCUUUUUCAAUUGCUACCAUUAUGCCACCAAAAUCCAAAACCAAGGCCACCAAAGGCGGAAAGAAGGCGUCUGGACAAAAAUCCAAGGCGCAAUCCACAGGAUCUACGCGAUCACAACCUUCACCACGGAAGAAAGGUUCCGAACCCUCUGAGUCUGACGCUUCAGACGAACCUCUGAGCGAAGAUGAUACCGAAGAAGUAGAUGACAGUGACGCCUACCAAUACUCUGCGCGCGAAGAAGAGGACGACGAAGCAUCGUUGCACAGUGACGCUUUGGAUGAAGUCGAAGAUAUCCGCCCCGCUAAAGAUACCACCUCACGCAAACGCACACGUAAUUCGGAUACAAGGGGAGCAGCCAAGGCGUCUCCGGCGAAGAAAGGUAAGACCAAGAGCUCGCCGAAGAAGAAACGCAAGACCAAGGGUAGUGACGCGGAGGAUGACGAUGACCUGGAGUUGGAAGAAGGCCAGGAGAUCGUCGGUGUGGUCGUGCAAGCUCCAAAGACCGGGCGAGUUCCGCCUGGUCAGAUAUCCCAGAAUACGUUCAAUUUCUUGUCAGACCUGAAGACACCCGAGUGUAAUGAUCGAGAAUGGUUCAAGCUUCAUGUCCUUUGUAGAACCGGUCUACCGUGUCGCCGAGAAAGAGUGGAAAGACUUCAUCGACGAAUUCACAGUUCUCUUGACCGAAGCGGACCCUCAGAUCCCGCCCCUCCCUCCAAAGGACGUCAUACAUCGAAUAUACCGCGACAUCCGGUUCAGUAAUGAUAAGACGCCGUACAAGACAAACUUUUCUGCUAGUUUCUCCAGGAGUGGGAGGAAGGGCAUUUUUGCCGGAUAUCAUAUUUGCAUUUCACCAGGUGGCCAGAGUCUCAUAGCAGCAGGGUCGUGGCAGCCAGGCAAGAAUGAACUCAGUACCAUCAGGAAUAACAUCCUCCGUUCCUCGAGACGCCUCCGUGAGAUCAUUUCAGACCCUACCUUCGUCGGCUUGUUCGGUGAACCAAAACCCCAUCCGAAAGGCCUCCGAAGGAAUAUAUUCGGAAUGGAAGAUGAGUUGAAAGUCGCACCGAAAGGUAUCGAUAAGAAUCACAAGGACAUCGAUCUAUUGAAAUGCCGUUCGUUUGCCGUCCUUCACUAUUUCACGGACAAGCAAGUACUGCAAGAGGAUUUCAAAGAAGAGUUGGCGAGAUUAGUCACUCUUCUCCGUCCCUUCGUGCAUUGCAUCAACGAUUUGAUGACGCUCCAGAAUGGAGACCAGGACUCGAGUUCUGAAGAUGGGGAAGACGGCGAAGAAGACGAGGAUCAGGAUGAUGAAGGUGAACAAUCCUGAAAAUAAGUACCCCAUGAUUGAUAUCUUGGCUACAACGGUUAUGGCUUUCUUGCACGACUUGUAUAUGUACCUCUAUAGGUUUGGGACUUUUGGAUUAUAGUAAUGAAUGGAUGGUAUAUAUACCCUGAUUUUAGCGUACACAAUGGGAUCACCGUACAAAUCGAAGACAACACAUAACGGUGCCA